AUGGCAUGGGGUAAGAAAGCGCAACCGCCGCCCCCUUCAACCAUUAGUCAAAUCCUACCCCUCAUCAUCACUUUUGUCUUCCUCGCAGGCGUCGCUUGGGUGCUCUGGCAAGUGUACAUAUCCGUCACCAAGAUCCAAGAGACGGCAUCGGAGCGCAUGGGCAAGAAGAACGUCGUCUUCACAAAGGAUGGCGUACGUGUCGGCGUCAAGCACACCUCGACCGAGAAUUACGUCGACCAGACCCAGAGCUGGGUCGUUAAAGCCUGGAACCUAAGCGGAAAUACUGUCGGCCAAAUCAAGAAGACCAAGUAG